UUGCUUGCAGUUCUACGCUUACUCUUUGGUUACAGGGCACGUAUUGUCUGAUUUUGAAGUUUCUAUUAUUUAUUGCGGAUGUAAAUAUUUUAAGAUCAACGCUAUAUAUUGAUAAUUUUUGAAAAUACUUAUCUAAUUUAUUUUUAUAACAAUAUAAAAACAGCAAAAUGCUGAAAGGUGGUGUGUAAAUAAAGUAACUAGCAAGGUACGGUUAUUUUACUGUACCAGCAGUACCUGUCUGCGUUCUACAUAUUGGUGCUCGUAAAUAAAUUGUUCUUAGUUACAAGACCACUAAAACAAGAUGGCUGAAGCGCACUCAGCCGUUGCGUUUUCGUUCGCGAUCACUCAUGACGGGUGGGAUGUAAAUUUUGAUCGCGAAGUACUUUAUCUGGUCUGGGAAUCGGGUAUACGAUCUUGGAAGAAACGUCUAGCUCGCUUCAGAAAUAGUGUACACAAUGGCGUUUACCCGGGACAUCUACAGUCCCUCUAUGUGUUGUGGACACUACUUGCGGCUGCGCAUUUCGCGGGAUUUAGUGUACCAUUUGGAUUAGUACAAAAAGCGUUAUCUGUUUUACCUGGCAACUCCACGAUGUGGCAGGUCAUCGCUUGUUUAUUGGCAGCUCUUUCCAUGUGGCUUAGUGUGAUAUUUCUCAUGAGAUACCUUCUCAAACUGCUAUUAAUGUACAAGGGUUGGAUGUAUGAAUCUCGCGCCCCAGGAUCGAAGAUUUCGGUGAAAACGAUGCUGUGGAUUAGUGUGGUUAAAGUAUUAUCCGGGUGGAACAAACCCAAAUUGUAUAGCUUUCAAGGAUCGUUACCAAGACUACCGCUACCUGCUGUUAAAGAUACUAUGAAACGGUACCUGAUUAGCGUUCGUCCCCUAUUGGACGAUGAGAACUAUAAGAGAGUAGAAAGAUUAUCUAAGGAAUUUGAAGAAACUAUUGCUGUAAAACUACAAAGAUAUUUGGUGCUAAAGUCAUGGUGGUCCAGCAACUACGUCUCCGAUUGGUGGGAGGAGUACGUAUACCUGCGCGGUCGCUCGCCUCUCAUGGUCAACUCAAACUUCUACGGAACUGACGCCAUUUUAUUAAGACCGACUAACAUUCAAGCUGCAAGGGCUGGUGUCAUCAUCCAUUUGUGCCUCAAGUUCAGGAGACUCAUCGAUAGACAGGAACUUGAGCCGAUUAUGCUACAGAACAUGGUGCCUCUAUGCUCGUGGCAAUACGAACGGUUAUUCAAUACAGUCCGUGUCCCUGGGAUUGAACGCGACAAGAUCGUGCAUUAUCAGGAUUCGACCCACAUCACCGUUUACCAUAAAGGGAGAUACUACAAAGUGCUCGUGUAUUCAAGAGGACGUCUGUUGAAACCAGCUGAAAUUCAAAUACAAAUACAACAAAUCUUGGAUGACAAAUCGGAACCUGUCGUGGGAGAGGAGCGGGUGGCGGCGCUGACGGCAGGCGAGCGCUCGCACUGGGCACACAUCAGGCAGACUAUGUUCAACAGAGGACAUAACCGCACCUCCUUGCACUGCAUCGAGCGAGCCGCCUUCAACGUAUGCUUAGAUGACCUUGAGUACGGUUAUGAUGAAAAAGAUCCCUCGAAACUGGACGAGUUCGGCCGAGUACUGCUACACGGAAAGGGCCACGACCGAUGGUUCGACAAGUCAUUCAACUUAUGCUUCAGUAAAAACGGUUUCGUUGGAUUUAACUCCGAACACACAUGGGCAGACGCACCUGUUAUGGGCCACUUAUGGGAAUACGUGAUUUGGUGUGAAUUAGAAGUUGGGUACGGACCUGACGGCAACACGCUGGGAACGGUCGACUCUCCUCCACCGGCUCCAAUCCGUUUACAAUGGGACCUUGGCAAUGAAGACCUGCUCAAGAGCAUUGACAUUUCCUACAACGUAGCUCAGAAACUAUUGAACGAUGUUGACUUAAGAAUAUUGAUGUACACUAAAUAUGGAAAAGGUUUCAUGAAGAGCUGCCGUGUGUCUCCGGACGCUUUCAUCCAGUUAAUCCUUCAGCUGUCGUACUACCGCGACGCUGGCCGGUUCUGCUUGACAUACGAAGCAUCCAUGACUCGCUUGUUCCGUGAGGGCCGCACAGAAACCGUGCGCUCCUGUACCAUCGAAAGCUCUGAAUGGGUCAAGUCUAUGGAGAACCCUAAUGCCACGAUUCAAGAGCGAAUGGAUCUGUUCGUUAAGGCUAGCCACCGCCAUCAACUGGGCUACCAAGACGCCAUGGCGGGCAGAGGCAUCGACCGUCAUCUCUUCUGUCUCUAUGUCGUCUCGAAAUAUCUCGAACUUGAGUCACCCUUCCUGCAAGAGGUCUUCAAUGAACCGUGGCGACUGUCCACUAGUCAAACGCCUCACGGUCAAACAUCAAUGUUGGAUUUAAAGAAACACCCGAAGUGUGUGAGCGCUGGUGGUGGUUUUGGUCCUGUAGCAGAUGACGGCUAUGGAGUCUCCUACAUCAUUGUCGGAGAAGACCUGCUUUUCUUCCAUGUUUCAAGCAAGAAGAGCUGCCCAAUCACGAGCUCAUCGAACUUCGUGAAGCAAAUCGAGCGAUCUUUGAAAGAUGUUCAAGACUUGUUUAAUGAAUACAAAAAACUCAAAAACGGAAUCAAGAAUAACAAGUAGAUAAAUAUUUAGACAAGCUAUUGUAUUGUUUUAGUUUUGUUGUUGUUGUAAUGUGUAGUUUAUAUUUAGAGUAUAAGUGACACUCGUAUCAAACUGAAGUAUUCUUCAUAAUAAUUAAUAAUUCAUUUUGUACAAUAUUUUUGUAACUUCCUUUAUUUCUUUUGCUAAAAGGAUUUACAGCCUGAUGUUAUUUAAAAUGAAGUUAUAUCAGAAUAAUUUAUUGCAUACAACAUUAAUGUAAAGUUGAUAUUUUGGUCAAUUUAUUGCUACUGGUCAUUCAACAAUGAUGUGUAAUUAAAGUUAAUCAAACAGUUGAUAAUUAUAAAAUCUAUUUUGAAUUAAUAUUUUAAAUAAGCUUAAAUGUAUUUUUCUUAAAGUUGUGUUUUAUUCGAAUACAAUACAAUAAUAAAUUGGGAAAUGUAUAUUAUUAUGAAAUGGAUUAUAUGAAUAUUUUAAAAUAGUUACGAUAAGAGCUAAAUUGCUUGCUGCACUAUUGUAGAUCCAUUCUACAUGUGAGAUGUGUUUAUUAGUUUAGUUAAUUAUGCGAAUAGUGAUGACUUCUUGUUAUAAUAUUUCUAGGUCACUCACCCUGUGCCCCGUAUUACCGCAUCUCUUCUAUUCUUUGCUCUUUAAUAACUUAUUCGGUAACAAUGCUCAAUAUAGGAUUUUAUUUGAAUUCAUUCUGUCUUUGCUUUAUUUAUUUCCUACCUCUUUUUUUCUUCUAGUUAGUUGAGGUCAGCGACGCAUAUUUUUACAGUUGUUAUCUUUUAGAUUUCUGACUGCAUAUAAUACAUUGAAAUACGACGCCGCCUCAACACUGUUUCGAAACACUGGUGCUAACUUUUCUAUUUAUAAUAUUUUCUUGACAAAAACCUUAACAAACUAAGUACUUGUUUAGUGGUUAAGUCAUGUUUUAAAGAGUAUGUGUAUAUUAGAUGUCAUGUUUCUCUGAGCAAAGAAAUAUUAUUAGAUAAGCGGUACAUCAACAGAUAAUAUAUUUACAAUGUUUUAGAUUCAAGAGUUAUUUGUAUAAAUUAAGUGUAUAUAAUAAUAAUGUGAAUUAUUUAUUGUGUACCUACAUCACGAUUGCUUUUAAAUGCAUUUUACUGUAAAUCUAGUUGUUACGAUAAUUUUGGUGACGAUUGAUGUUUUUAUUUAGGUACAGUCAGUCACUCAUAUUUGUCUUAUACUACAUUUACACUCUCGUCCCGUACCUCGUCACAUGCCCCGCCUUGAGUGAUUUUGUAAAUGAGCUGUCUAUUCACAUUCUAGUGGUGACUUCAGUUGUCUUUGAACUAGCCAGAGUAGAGGACGUCGAAGUGUUUAUGCUUAGGAUUAUCGGUUCUUUUUUAUAUAACCCCAAAUACCUAAACGUAUCUUCUUCAGACCAAACCGUUUAGGCGAAAACUCGAAUGAAGCGAGAGCGCGAAUAUAAACUCGACGCCCGCGUCGGCCGCGAGCCCCUUUGACUCGUGCGUAAAAAACGACCCUGUCGCGAGCGCAGCAAGGCGCGAGACGAACCGCGAGUGUCUCGUCUCGCGACUCGUACGCGAGUGUAAAUGUGGGAUUACUAUUUGAUAAAUAGACACAUAAUGCCCAUUAAUCUAAAGCAAACACUAGCUCUAUUUUUAAAUCAUUCAUGUUUCUUUGACAUUUUUAAUAAAUAAUGUGUACAUUUAAAUGAAUAAAUUUAUUGAUUAUCAGGUAUGUCUUUUGGGUGCCUUUGAUAUACGUUACAAAUUAUGAAUAUUUUAUAUAGAUACAUCUACAAUGCAAGUUCGUCCUCUUUAGUUUACAAUAUUUUUACAACUAACCAAGAUUUUAUUAACCUAAUUACUAAAUACUUAUCUUUAAUGUAAAUAAAAAUAUUUAAUAUUGA